AUGUCCAGGUACUUGCUGGAGCUCAACGCCACGUUCCCAGAUGUCGUCCAAGUGUCGAUAGCUCAAGACACGUAUGAUCUGCCGUACCCCAAGGAGCUCCAGUGCAUAAUAGACGACGAAAGCAAAGCUGAAAAAGAACCUUGCAAACAAUAUGUGGUGCAUCUGACCAACCACUCGACGCUAGCGAACGACCCAGAGAGACCCGAAGUGUUCAUUAGUGGAGCUCUGCAUGGCAACGAACGAGUCGGUCCCAAUGCGGCUAUUGAGCUUAUCGCUUUAUUUGCACACGCCACAUCGAUGUAUGGCACGGACGAUAAGGUGAAGCCUACAGUGGACACACAGAGGUGGCUUAGAGAGCUUGUGAACACUAGGAACGUGCUGGUGAUGCCGAUGACCAACGCUUAUGGCUACUCGCACAACCAUCGCGAGGAGUUGACGGUGGAUCCGAAUCGAGACUACAAUUACAUGAGAUCAGGUGCUGAGUGUAUGCAAACGAUGACGUCCCGUGUGGUUAAUGAGAUCUGGAGGGACCAUAUCUUCCAGUUGGCAGUGACUUUCCAUGGCGGCACUCGAGCAGUGGCUUACGAGUGGGGCUCACCCGAUCACUACCUUAAUGGCAAGGAGAGAAACCCAAGCGAAAAGUCUCCGGAUCAGAUGGCGCAGGUCCAGAUUGGCAACACGCUGGCCAACUUUGCUGGCGUUUUCCCGGACGGAAACCUCUACCCGACGGGAACGAUGAAUGAUGUUGUGUACGGUGUCACCGGUGGAAUGGAGGACUGGGGCUACGCUGCGUCGUGGGAAAACCAGUUUUACGACGCGAAAUCGCAGCCUUUCCGUCCCUGUGAGCCGUCUACCUUUGGUGGCUAUCCGAAGAAGAAGACGAUCUACAACAACAUCACGCAUCGUGCUUUCAAUAUGCUAGUGGAGACGUCGAACAGUAAAGAGCCAAACGCAGCAGACUUGGGAAACUUCAAGGAGUUGUACGAAGCAAACGUCGAUUUCUUUCGAACGGAAGCAGCCAAGACCGAGCUGGUCGGUCACGUACCACGGAACGUCCGUUUAGCACUCAUGAUGAUCGAAAUGGCUCAGCCUUUGGUGCGUUGGGUGGAUGCAACAGGGUCGUCUCAAAGUCAAGAGUUGUUGAACGUCUUCCCCGCUGCAAGUCUGUACACUACCAAAGACGAUCUAGUUACUGAGAUGGGAUGCGGUGCUCUGGCCUGGGAACGCAACGAGGUCGCGACGUGUAGCGUCUCUGAUUGCAGUUUGAUCAACUCUGCUCAGUCCAAGGUGCAGAUCGCGUGGGAGGUGCUUGGUGCUCUCACUGUCGAUAGCACGCACGUCCAAGUGUCUUCCAGCGAGACUUUCCAAGAUAAUGCCAUUGUGAUGGAGACGUCAACGCAGAAAGGAACCACGCGGCGGUUCUAUGAGUUCGCCUCGGAUUCCUCUAAAGCUGCGGCUGCGAACGUCGACACGAUGGGGACUUCGCUGUUUGUUACAUGCCUCGAUCUGGGUAAUGUCACCUCGGACAAGCUGUACGUUCGAGCUAUAGCAACUGUCGACCAGGACUGGAAGCAGCAAGGCUCUGGGGACGAAGCACCUUCGCCUCGCGUACCGCCGCAGUCGCACCUGGUAAAUGCUCGAACAAACCCAGAUUGGGAUUUCGAGUGGAAUGGCCAUCGAGUCAAGGCUUCUCUCGAGUGGACAUCUCCGGCCAUCGCUAUUGAGACCGCAAAGACGACUGGCGUGUCGUCAGCUAUUUCUUCCGCCCCAUCUUUGUCGAAUGCACCAGCAUCCACAUCGAGUGAGAGCGAAAGCGACGAUAGCGACGACAGCACUGAUGCGCCUAAAGAGCGUACGAAAAAAGCUCCGGGUGAUGACGAAAGUGAAGAUAGCGAAGACUCGAGUGAUGACACUACAACUUCCUCGUCCGCUACAAAAUCUAAGAGUGUCAGCUCCAAAGCUACAGACGAUAGCGACUCCGACGACGAAAGCGAAGACAGUGAAGACGGUAGUGACAGCGACGACAACGAUGAGAUCAACGACAAGUCUUCCUCCUCUGGCACGACUCAAGGCACCACUGCUUUAGCUGCAACUGAUUUGGGGUUGGACGACAAACCGGCGUCUGGAUUGCUUCAGUUCGGCUACAUUAUCAUGAGCUCGUGCGCGAUGAUCGUCGUGCUCACUCUGGCGUAUCUCUAUCGACGUGUCUUCCGGCGUGCUCGUCAGCCGUACAUGAACAUCAGUAGUCUUGAGCAGCCCACGCGCGUCACCAUCAACAGUAUCGACGACGAGGACUACGAUGUGGACGAUGACGAAUGCGACGAUGUCAGUGCGGGCCCACGUAUCCCUCGCCAUGCGCAGUCGUCCAGAAGCGUCAUGUAG